AUGUGGCGAUCCCUCAUAUCCAAGGGGUCGAUUCCGCUCAGAACAGCCCUCGCCCGCGCCACCAACUCUCCUGCUCGUACCGCUGCCUUCUCAACAACCGCCAAGAUGGCCGCCAACAGAGACCCCAAUACUCUCUCCAACUAUGGUGCAUGGCUCACCAAGCACACCACCGCAAACCUCUCCAUCGACUUUAAGGACAAGUGUCUGAAGGGUUCCGUCACCCUCGAGCUCGAGUCUCUGACCGACAAGGAGAGUAAGGAGAUCGUUCUCGACUCCAGCUUCCUCUCCAUCUCCGGCGUCAAGGUCAACGCCGCUACCUCAACCUGGGAGCUCAAGGAUCGUGUUGAGCCCUACGGCGCUCCCCUUCACAUCUUCGUUCCCCAAGGAGCGGCCAAGGGCGAGAUCGUUAAAGUCGAUGUUGACCUGUCUACCACUGAGAAGUGCACCGCGUUACAGUGGCUUACGCCCGCGCAGACGAGCAACAAGAAGCAUCCAUACAUGUUCUCGCAAUGCCAGGCCAUCCAUGCGCGCUCCCUGUUCCCCUGCCAGGACACGCCGGACGUCAAGUCAACGUAUACCUUCGUGCUGGCUUCCCCGCUGCCCGUCGUUGCAUCCGGUGUGGCCGUAGAGGGUGAGAAUGAGAAGAAGGGCGACAACACGGUGUACCGUUUCGAGCAGAAGGUGCCAAUCCCGUCGUACCUGUUUGCUCUCGCAUCCGGAGACAUCGCCACGGCGCCUAUUGGCCCCCGGAGCAUUGUCGCCACGGGACCUGAUGAGCUGAAGGAGUCGCAGUGGGAGCUGCAGAACGACAUGGAGAAGUUCAUGGAGGUCGCCGAGAAGCUCGUCUUCCCGUACAGAUGGGGUCAGUACAAUGUCCUGGUUCUGCCUCCCAGCUUUCCCUACGGUGGUAUGGAGAACCCUAUCUACACUUUUGCGACGCCGACCAUCAUCAGCGGCGACAAGCAGAAUGUGGAUGUCAUUGCUCACGAGCUGAGCCAUUCGUGGAGUGGAAACCUGGUUACCAGCUGCAGCUGGGAGCACUUCUGGCUUAAUGAGGGGUGGACGACUUACCUCGAGCGUAGAAUUGGCAUGGCUGUCCAUGGCGAUGCGGAGCGUGACUUUUCUGCCAUUAUCGGCUGGAAGGCUCUUGAGGAUGCCGUCGCUCUCUUUGGCGCUGACUCUGAGUUCACCAAGCUCAUCAUCAACCACAAGGGCAUUGACCCCGAUGACGCCUUCAGCACUGUCCCCUACGAGAAGGGCUUCCACUUCCUCUACUACCUGGAGCGCCUUGUCGGCCGUGAUGCCUUUGACAAGUUCAUCCCCCACUACUUCACCAAGUGGUCGCGCAAGUCUCUCGACUCCUUCGAGUUCAAGGAGACCUUCCUGACCUACUUCAACGGCCUCGGUGAUUCCGAGAUCAAGGACAAGGUCGCCUCCAUCGACUGGGACACCUGGUUCUACAAGCCCGGUCUGCCUCCUAAGCCCGAGUUCGAUACUUCUCUGGCAGAUGUGUGCUACAAGCUUGCGGAGAACUGGAAGAACGACAACUUCACUCCCUCUCCCGAAGACGUAGCCUCAUUUUCCGGCAACCAGAAGCUCGUCCUUCUCGAGACCAUCGAGAAGUUCCCCGAGACCCUGUCCGCCGACCGCGCCCGCCUGCUCGGAAAGACUUACGAUCUUGUCUCGUCGCGCAACGCCGAGCUCAAGACGGCUUACUACAAGAUCGCCCUGGCCGCCAAGGACACGUCCUCGUACGCUGGCGCCGCCGAACUUCUGGGUCAUGUCGGUCGCAUGAAGUUCGUCAGACCUCUCUUCCGUUCGUUGAGCAAAGUCGAUCGCGACCUUGCGCUCAAGACUUUCGAGAAGAACCGCGACUUCUACCACCCUAUUUGCCGCGGUAUGGUUGAGAAGGAUCUUGGGCUUGUGUAG